CGAAACAAGGCUGUGAGAAGAGGAGACAUACUGGCGAGGAUGGCCUCCACAUCUUUAUUUCUCAAAUCUGUGACCAAGAGAGUUUGGUCUCCACCUCAGAGGCCUUUCAGAGUCUGCUGUCACAAAAGAGAGACCAGAAAAGGGAUCACAGCAGGGACCCUGGAGGAGCUGAAGGAGAGGGUCUGCCAGGCGCUGCUGCUCACUCUUUCUGCCGUAUCACUGAGUCUGGUUUGUGAGGAGGACGGUACCGAGGUGGAUUCUGAUGAGUUCCUCAUGACUUUACCAGACAACGUCAUGCUAAUGGCUCUGGAGCCUGGACAGAUGUGGAAACCACAAGCUAAACAUCUCUCUGGAUUUGUUUCUGAUGUCUUUCAUCAAAUCCAGGGUUCAGUUGUGCUCAAAAACCACAAGCCUCGCACCGGCAGAGACAUAGCUCGAGUCACUUUUGACCUUUACAAGUUGAAUCCCAGAGACCUGUUUGGUUCCCUGAGUGUGAAGGCCACCUAUCAAGGCCUGUACUCUGUGAGUGCUGACUUUCAGUGUCUGGGGCCCAAGAAAGUCUUCAGAGAAAUCUUGCGCCUGACCUCCACCCUCCUUCAGGCUGCGGGACACCUCCUUCUCACGUCUGCCUCGUUGAUCCGUCGUGUUAUCGAAGGUGCCGAGUUCUGGCAGCCACAGAGGGCCGAGUACACAGCCAGCUGGAACUAAAUAGACCCCACUGGAUAGAAGAGCUGUUUGAGAUUUUAAACAUACAUUCUUAUCAUUAAGCAUCUUAU